UUUCAGACUCGCUGCAACACCAUCAACGGUCACGCGGAAUUCUAUGGCAUGUAUGGAUGCAAGCUACAUGUAUUACAUCGACCGAUUGUAACGUUUGAAGUAUGUUAUCGAAGUCCGUUAUAAAGCACACAACUCCUUGCCCGACUUUUCCCACAGCGGUUUUCUGUUUUCCUGCUCAUGAUUCGACGUCUUCGCCAGGGAGCACAUCUCGUACAUCAACGCGGCGGAGAAAGACCGGGUCACUAUCACCCAGAAAGUUGACCGCAUCUCUCAGACACUGCACUGCUGCUCCGGCGCUUUGCAGCAGACUAAUCACGGAUUCGCCUGAGGUUUCUUUAAACCUUUUUCCUCCGAGAUCCUCAGGGUCCUCCGCUUUUGUUUACACCCAGCCUUCCCCAUUGACUCGCAAGUGCAGCCUCGGUUCCACUCGAGAAGUGCCAUGGACCUAUGAGAGCAGAAGACACCCCCCCUCGAUUUGCAGUUCUCCAGUCUUUGCUCGGGCAUGUUUCGGUGCUUCUUGCCAUCCGGUACCACGACUUUGUGAAGAAGUGACUGCUCGCUGCACACAACCCAGGAAGUCCCAUUUUACUUCCUGGCCGGGCGACAGGCAUGAAAAUGUGGGUGGUCCCGAGCUUCAGCCAUCUGCAGCUCGUUUUUGGGGUUGCGGGGUGUGUUACUCGAACUCGGGCAGGUUUGACUAUUCUGGCGAUGAAAAUGCGAUAUUCAGAAACCCUCCAACAUUUCGAUAUUCAAGUCGUUGUUUGCGGCUCCAAAAAAUAAGCCGAUCUCAGUACUCAAGCACGCCUCCCGUCCUUGGCUCUUAACUCUUAAAUUCCCACUUUCCUCGGCACACCUCCCUUCUUCCACUUCACGUCCCCGCAGUUCGAGCAUGACGUCAGGAAAAGUCCACUUUUGCUAAUAUUCAAAGGGUCCUUCCCCUCGUCAGGGAUCCAAAACCCAAUCAUAUUUCCUGCUUAUCGGCUUCUGUGCGUGGAUAAGGAAUUAUCACCGUUGAUCAACCUCACAAUCCAAGCCAAGCGAUUCCAGGAUGCAGCUACACCGCAGUUACUCCAGUAUUCGAGCGUAAAUGACAUCGCCUAUCCCCACGCUUAAAGAAUUGACGUGGUUAAAUCUAAGCAGGCCAACGAGAACGAAGGAAGAUCUUGUAAAAUAUCCGGAGUUAUCUUCGGCCGCGCGCAGCAUGCGCAAUUGUGGAGACCCCGUCUCCAAUGGCGAGUUACGGGGGUUGGAGUAAACUUAUGCCCUGAUACAAGUAUAUAUAGGGUACCAAUGCCCUCUCUCUGCUACUUCUCUCCCCCUCUCUCUAUCUCUUUCCAGAGUUCAUCAAUUGUCCCAUCAGAUUGCCGUUCUCGUUGCAUUUCCUCUACCCAAUUGCGAACUGGCUCGGCCAGGAAUUGAUUCAUUUUGAAGUGUAUAUUUCUUAACCAAAACCGCCAACAUGGGCCAUGAAAGUGCGAACAGCGGGGGAACCUCCCAAACGUUUGCCGGAUUGAAAGGUCGGCCCCUCGGACUCUUGAUCUCGACGAUUGCAACAACUGGGUUUCUGUUGUUUGGAUAUGAUCAAGGAGUGAUGAGCGGUAUAAUUUCCGCUGAACCUUUCAUGGAAUACUUCCCUGAAACCAAAGACAAACCUGUUUACCAAGGAUUUGUUACCGCAAUCUACGAAAUCGGAUGCUUGGUCGGUGCUAUGGGUAUUUUGUGGUUCGGAGACAGUCUUGGACGAAGGAGAUCUGUUUGUACCCCAUAUACCGAUGCAAUUUACAAUGUUCUAAUAAAACUUAGAUUAUGCUUGGAGGAAUCAUUAUGAUUCUCGGAGUAAUUGUUCAAGUUGCGGCCAUCAAAGGUUCUAAUGCUACAAUCCAAUUCAUUAUUGGAAGAAUUAUUACCGGAAUUGGCAAUGGCAUCAACACUUCAACAAUACCAACCUACCAAGCCGAGUGCAGUCGCACAACUAAUCGAGGUCUUCUUAUCUGUAUUGAAGGAGGAGUUAUUGCAUUCGGAACCCUUAUUGCAUACUGGAUCGAUUAUGGUGCUUCUUACGGCCCUGACGAUCUCACUUGGCGAUUUCCCAUCGCUUUCCAGGUUGUAUUUGGUAUAAUCUUGAUUGUUGGAACCUAUUACCUUCCAGAAUCCCCUCGAUGGCUUCUCAGUCAGGAUCGUCACGAAGAGGGCAUGAACGUCCUUGCAGCCUUGCAUGGCAAAGACACAAACGACACAGAGGUUGUCUUGCAACAUUCUGUUAUCUUGAACAGUAUCAAGGCUAGUGGAGAGGCGGGCAAGACACCUUACUCUGCGCUCUUCACGGGUGGAAAGACUCAACACUUCCGAAGAAUGAUGCUUGGCUCCUCAUCGCAAUUUUUCCAACAAAUUGGAGGUUGCAAUGCCGUCAUUUACUACUUUCCAAUCCUUUUUCAAAGGUCCAUUGGCACGACCCAUCAUUUGGCGCUUCUUCUUGGAGGUGUCAACAUGAUUGUCUACGCCGCCUUCGCAACUGUCUCUUGGUUCAUCAUUGAGCGAGCCGGCCGCCGCAAGCUAUUCCUCUGGGGAACUGCUGGACAAGGACUAUCAAUGGUUCUCAUUUUCGCUUGCCUUAUUCCCCGGAACGGUCAAGGACCAUCAAGUAAGGGAGCAGGGGUUGGUCUUUUCACUUAUAUCGCUGCAUUUGGAGCGACAUGGUUGCCUCUGCCAUGGUUGUAUCCAGCCGAAAUCAACCCAAUCAGAACCAGAGGAAGAGCAAAUGCCGUCUCUACUUGUACCAACUGGUUCGUAAUCAUUAUCGUUCAAUAAUCUUCAACGCUAACCAUCCAAUAGGCUUUUCAACUUUUUGGUAGUCAUGAUUGUCCCAAUCAUGAUUGAUAAAAUCAAGUGGGGUACCUACCUUUUCUUCGCUGUUGUCAACGCAACAUUCAUCCCUAUCAUCUACCUCUUUUACCCCGAGACCAAGAGGCGUUCCCUCGAGGAAAUCGAUCUCAUUUUCGCAAAGGGUUACUUGGAAAACAUCAGCUAUGUCAAGGCUAGUUAUGAUAUGCCAUUCCUUAAUGACCAGCAAAUCAAAGCUCUCGCCCACGAAUACGGCUUCUCCAACGAAGAUGAGGAGUUCAGACUUGGGGAGAAGAGUAAUGAGACCAUUGCUGGAAGCGGUGAUGAGAGUGACAAGGGAAGAGCGAGUACCAACGAGGGGGUACUUGGAGCUGACUCGAGGGUCGGAACCCAAGAUCAUGCGAUUAACCCUGUCCGCGGGACGAAGAUGGAAUAGAUGAAUCUCACAUCAACCUCAAGGUUGAAAUAGGGAGACCGGCUUCCUUGGCGACCAAGGUCGACAGUUGCCGUCGCGCACAAAGCGCAUUGAGAGAAUGCAGUGGGAAACUCUAGAAUGGGUCUAGACUUUCACAGGUGGGCAGUAGUUUCGAAUUCUUGAAGCUUCUGAGAAGCUGAACCCCAUUCUGGGUCCUUAGAUGGAAAGAGCAGAUGGAAGAUAGCAUUGUUGAUACCCCGGUUGAUAGAGAUUAGAUAUUUCCUCCAGAAUGAAUGAAUUUUUUAAUUA